AUGAUUUCGGGACGCGGCCGGGAAAAUGCUGACGAGCUUCUUGAACACAGUGACAUUGCCAAGGCAUUAGACAGCAUCUUGGUAAUACCAGGUCUACGCGCAGGAUUUUGGCUAAAGAUGAUGCAUAACGUGAUUUACACUAGGUGUAACGAGGAAACGUGGGAUUACAUUGCCGGCUCUGCGUCUGUUGACAGUAAGACAGUGCAGGCAUUGGAGAAGAAGUGUCCCAGAUACUCAAAGAACGAUGAACAGCAGAUAGAGAGAUUGAUUGAUGAUGGUCUGAUAUUCGAGGACGUUGAAGUCUCCGGGAGACCCGACUUGAAAAGACGAUUGGCGCAACUACAAGUCGUAAUUCCAUCGCUUGAUACGUUCUUCGAUGACUGGAAAAUCUUGAAGGAUUGCUCUCUUUCCUUAAGCAACCUUAUUUUUAUCGUUAAAAAGAAUAUAAAAGCGUUAAAAGGCUAUAAAAGGUUAAAUUACGUAAAUUCUUUACUAAAAAAAGAGCUAUAA